CCAAUAUAGUCCGUGUUUUAGUAGGCAAUGAAGUAAUAUCAACAGCAAAUAAAUUGUUAAUAGGAAGUCUAGUUCCAGCCAUGCAAACUCUCCACACAGCCCUUGUUGAAGCUUCAUUAGACCGUAGAAUCCAAGUCUCGACACCUCACUCUUUAGGCAUUCUCUCAAAUUCAAGCCCACCAUCCACUGGAAAGUUCCGACAAGGCUAUGAUUCUCAUGUUCUCAAACCAUUACUUAGCUUCCUUAGAGCUACCAAUUCACCCUUUAUGGUAAACCCGUAUCCAUUUUUUGGCUGCUCAUCUGAUACCCUUGAUUAUGCCCUGUUUCGGCCUAAUGCAGGAGUGUUCGAUGAAAACACAGAACAGCUUUACACAAAUAUGUUAGAUGCUCAAUUAGAUGCGGUCUUUUCAGCCAUGAAACUCCUAGGAUUUAAUGAUCUUGAGAUUGUCAUAGCUGAAACUGGCUGGCCAUCCAUAGGGGAUUCAACCCAAGUUGGUGUUGAUGCAAAGAGUGCAGCUGAAUACAACGGCAAUCUGAUGCAGCACGUAACAUCAGGUGUUGGCACACCCCUAAUGCCAAACCGGACUUUUGAGACGUACAUUUUUGCACUUUUCAAUGAAGAUCUUAAGCCAGGGCCAACAUGUGAGAGGAAUUUCGGGCUCUUCCGACCAGAUAUGACACCCGUUUACGACAUCGGGAUCCUAAGGCCCACGGCUAGAUCAUCCAUUCCUAACAACCCAACUCCAGUGCCAACGGCUGCACCGUUGCAUCCAAUGCCGAAGUCUAAGGGAAAACAGUGGUGUCUUCCCGAAACAAGCGCGGAUGAAAAUGCUUUGCAAAGGAAUAUCGAUUAUGUUUGUGGUUUGGGUUUGGACUGUGGGCCGAUUCAAGAAGAUGGCGCUUGCUUCCUUCCCAACACAGUUCGAGCCCACGCAGCUUUUGCCAUGAACGCUUACUAUCAAUCCACCGAAAAGAUCGAGUGCGAUUGUGAUUUUGAUCAAACUGGAGCCAUCACAGACGUUGAUCCAAGUAAAUAAAAUCACGACGCCUCUUCUCAAUUCCAUGAUCUAAUCAAUUCAUUUCUAUUUCUUUCUGAUAUAUAUGUAUAUAUAUAGCUGCAGAUCCAUCUUUGUCAAACGUUGUUUGAUCCUUUUUUUCUGUUUU